GGGCCCCGCCGCUUCCGCUCGCCCUGGGGCCGCCCGGGAAACCUGGACACGCCGCUUGGGUUCUAUGCAGCCGGGUCUCACAGAAUCAUGGACUGAAUCCAGGUGGUCCCCACGGCACAGAUGGGGAAGCUGAGGCCUGGGGCAGCGGAGUGGCGGGUCCCUGGCCACACAGGAAGAGACAAAAAGGGGGCUCAGAGAGGUUUGAUUACUGUAUGAGAUCACACAGCCAGCCAAGGCAGAGAUGGGGUUCAGCGUCGGUUUAGCUGGCACCCGCUGCAUAGGCACCCUCUGCCCCCCGAGACCCCGACCCUUCCAGAGCCUUCUGCUCUUGCUGUGGACCCUCCUGAACUGUGUUUUAGGGAGCAGCGCUCAGGGUCCGGGGGAGUGGACGCCCUGGGGGUCCUGGAGCCACUGCUCCAGCUCCUGUGGGCGGGGCGUCUCAGUGCGCAGCAGGCGCUGCAUCCGGCUUCCCGGGGAGGAACCGUGCUGGGAGAGCAGCCAUGAGUACCGCGUUUGCCAGUUGCCGGACUGUCCCCCAGGGGCUGUGCCAUUCCGAGACCUACAGUGUGCCCUCUACAAUGGCCACCCUGUCCUGGGCACCCAGAAAACCUAUCAGUGGAUCCCUUUCCACGGCGCACCCAACCAGUGCGAUCUCAACUGCCUGGCGGAGGGACACGCCUUCUAUCACAGCUUUGGCCGUGUCCUGGACGGCACCCCCUGCAGCCCAGGUGCGCAAGGCCUCUGCGUGGCUGGCCGCUGCCUGAGCGCCGGCUGUGAUGGGGUGCUGGGCUCCGGAGCCCUCGAGGACCGCUGCGGCCGCUGUGGCGGCGCCAACGACUCUUGCCUCUUCGUGCAGCGCGUGUUCCGUGACGCUGGUGCCUUCGCCGGGUACUGGAACGUGACCCUGAUCCCCGAGGGCGCCAGACACAUCCGCGUGGCGCACCGGAGUCGCAACCACCUGGCGCUGAUGGGGGUCGACGGGCACUACGUGCUCAACGGGAACUGGGAGGUCAGUCCGCCCGGGACCUACGAGGCUGCGGGCACCCGCGUGGUCUACGCCCGCGCCGCAGCGCCGCAGGAGACACUGCACGCAGCAGGGCCCACCUCCCAAGACCUGCUCUUGCAGAUCCUCCUGCAGGAGCCCAACCCCGGCAUCCAGUUUGAGUUCUGGCUCCCUCGAGAGCGCUACGGGCCCUUCCAGGUGCAGACGCAGGCCCUGGGCUGGCCCGUGCGGCAGCCACAGCCGCGGGAGGUGGAGGCUCGGGCCCCCAUUGCUCCCCCACCUCUGAUGCCCACCCUGGCCCCAGACCCCUGCCCACCCUGCCCUGACACCCGUGGUCGUGCCCACCGGCUGCUCCACUAUUGCGGCAGCGACUUUGUGUUCCAGGCCCGUGUGGUGGGCCGCCACCGCCAGGCCCAGGAGACCCGCUAUGAGGUGCACAUACAGCUCAUUUACAAGAGCCGCUGGCCACUGCGGACUCGAGAGUAUGUGUGGGCGCCUGCCCACUGCCCCUGCCCACCACUGGCCUCCCAGCAGGAGUACCUGAUGGCUAUCCGGCGUCUCAUCAGCCCUGAUGGCACACAGGACAGGCUGCUGCUGCCCCAUGCUGGCUACGCCCGGCCCUGGAGCCCUGCUGAGGACAGCCGCAUCCGGCUGGCUGCCCGGCGCUGUCCUGUCUGAGCCUUGGAGGAGACCUACACGACUGACAGCAAGAAGGACCCCAUGAGGAAGCUCAAACUCAGCCUGUUUCCCCUCUUACCUUGGCUUCAAGGGAGCUCAGAAAUACCUACCACUUGCAGCGGUGUGAUUCCCUGUCACAAAUAGACAACCUUGUGUGAAGUCAGAUCCAGUCAUAAGCAGGCAGGCACUAGGGAGGACGAAACGAGACUGAGAAGACUCAUUUCCCCCUCUCACCUUGUCUUCCAGGAAGCUCAUAGCUAUUUUACACUCAGAAAUUUUGUGCUUGUUUUCAUCUUCCUGGCUUCACACUAGCUUAGAGACAGUCACCAACAAACGUGUCACAGAGGAUAACAGGCAUAACAUGACACUGUAAUGUAUCCAUUUCCCUGCUGAGUACCAGGAAGCGCCUCCCUGUUUAACUCCCUAACGCCUGUGCUCACAUCUCUCUCAGCCAUUCACAUACACGUGCUUCUGUAUUCAAAGACACAAUCACAAGCCUGCAUGCCCCUUAGAAGACAUGCCUAACCAGGCACCAUAAUCUACUGAUUUCCCUUUUGGCCUGGGUUUCCUCCAGUCAACAGACUAGUGUCCACCUUUUUUAAAAAAAGUUUCAUUUUGACACAGGCUGCUGGCCUUGAGCUUGCCAUCUUUCUGCCUCAGCCCCUGGAGUCGUGGGGAUUACAGGUGUGCCUUACUGUGCCCCACUCAACCCCUUUCUUAUUCUUAUUUAUUAAUUUUUAUAAACACUUAAA